GCGCAACCUCCGUGACCAUCUCCGGGCGCGCCAAAGCGAACGUUCUGGUGGCGCCGGAAGUCCAGGGCACGUGACCGGGUGACAGCGCUAGCUGGACUGCAGGGUUCCCUUAUAGGUGCAGCGGCACGGGAUGGCGGAGGCUCCUCCGGUCGCAGGUCCAUUUCAGUUCAAUACAGAUGCCGCUGAGUUCAUUCCUCAGGAGAGGAAAAAUAAUGUUCUAAACUGCGGGAUCCAAAGGAGAUUGGAUUCUAGUAGGAUUAGUCGAAGACAUCACAACUCACCACCUCCACGUCACCUGUCUAGGCAAGUCCCUUAUGAUGACAUCUCUGCUUUUCAUCAGCCAAGUUAUCAUUCUUCAGGAAGCAAGCCUAAGAGUCAGCAGUCUUCUUUCCAAUCCUCUGCUUCGAAUAAACCACUCAAAAGCCACAGUCUUCAGAAUCAACCCUGGCAGAAAUUAAGGAGUGAAAAACAGCAUAUCAGAGUCAAGAGAAUACAGAGUCUUACUGACCAGACCUCAGAUACAGCUAGUUUAGAAAGUGUGGCCAGACCAGAGAGUGGGACAAAACCCAGAGAACAGAGUCCUUUGAAUGAGAAGGAAAUUGUCAGUGCAGAUCCUAGGGGAGCAAAACCCAAAAAAGCGAGUCAAAUUGUAUACAACUCUGGUAGAGGACCCAAAGUCAAGGGGAAACUCAAAUGUGAAUGGAAUAACAGAAUGACUCCAAAACCUGAGGAUCUUGGACCUGAAAAUACCAAACCUCUGGGAACUGUCCACCCCGAUUCUUCAGAUACAUCUUUUAGAAAAGGAGUAUCAGACGGGUAUGGGGCUAGACGCAGUGAGCAGAGAAGAUACCCACAGAAGCGGUCUCCCUGGGAAGUGGAGGGGGCCAGGCCACGCCCAGGCAGGAAUCCACCAAAACAGGAGAACCAACGGCACACAAACUCGGGAUCCAGAAACAACAUGGUUCCUGUUCCAAAGUAUAAUCUCCAUGAAAAACCAGCAAAAUCUGCCUGUGACAACGGGAACUUGGCAGUUAUCAAUAAGACUUCCAGAAGGAUUGGCCCAGAAAAAUGCACAGUAAGGAAGCAGGUCCCUCAAGUAGCAUCUCCUUUCCUCCGAGGCAAGCAGAACCAUGUGCUUAAGAAUGUGGAAACACAUACAGGUUCUCUAAUUGAACAGCUAACUACAGAAAAAUAUGAGUGCAUGGUAUGCUGUGAAUUGGUUCGUGUCACCGCCCCAGUGUGGAGCUGUCAGAGCUGUUACCAUGUGUUUCAUUUGAACUGCAUACAGAAAUGGGCACGGUCUCCAGCGUCUCAAGCAGAUGGCCAGAGUGGCUGGAGGUGCCCUGCAUGUCAGAAUGUUUCUGCACAUGUUCCUAAUACCUACACUUGUUUCUGUGGCAAGGUGAAAAACCCCGAAUGGAGCAGGAAUGAAAUUCCACAUAGUUGUGGUGAGGUUUGUAGAAAGAAACAGCCUGGCCAGGACUGCCCACAUUCCUGUAAUCUCCUCUGCCACCCUGGACCUUGCCCACCCUGCCCUGCCUUUACGAAUAAAGCUUGUGAAUGUGGACGGACCAGGCACACAGUUCGAUGUGGUCAGGCUGUUUCGGUUCACUGUUCUAACCCAUGUGAGAAUGUUUUGAAUUGUGGUCAGCACCACUGCGCUGAGCUGUGCCAUGGGGGUCAGUGCCAGCCUUGCCGGAUCAUAUUGAAUCAGGUAUGCUACUGUGGCAGCACCCCCCGAGAUGUGUUAUGUGGAACAGACACAGGAAAGUCUGAUGGAUUUGGAGACUUUGGCUGUUUAAAGAUAUGUGGCAAGGAUCUGAAAUGUGGGAACCAUACAUGUUCUCAGGUGUGCCACCCUCAGCCCUGUCAGCCAUGUCCACGCCUUCCCCACUUGGUGCGCUGUUGCCCAUGCGGCCAAACGCCUCUCACUCAGUUGCUUGAACUUGGAAGUAAUAGUCGGAAAACGUGUAUGGAUCCUGUCCCUUCAUGUGGAAAAGUAUGUGGCAAGCCUCUGCCUUGUGGUUCCUUAGAUUUUAUUCAUACCUGUGAAAAGCUCUGCCAUGAAGGAGACUGUGGACCAUGCUCUCGUACAUCGGUUAUUUCCUGCAGAUGCUCUUUCAGAACAAAGGAACUUGCCUGUACCAGUCUCAAAAGUGAAGAUGCUACAUUUAUGUGUGACAAGAGGUGUAACAAGAAACGAUUAUGUGGCCGACAUAAAUGUAACGAGAUUUGCUGUGUGGAUAAGGAGCACAAAUGUCCUUUGAUUUGUGGGAGGAAACUCCGUUGCGGCCUUCAUAGGUGUGAAGAACCUUGUCAUCGUGGGAACUGCCAGACAUGUUGGCAAGCGAGUUUUGAUGAAUUAACUUGCCACUGUGGUGCAUCAGUGAUCUACCCUCCAGUUCCAUGUGGUACCAGGCCCCCUGAGUGCGCCCAGACUUGUGCCAGAGUCCAUGAAUGUGACCAUCCUGUGUAUCAUUCUUGUCACAGUGAGGAGAAGUGUCCCCCUUGUACUUUCCUAACUCAGAAAUGGUGCAUGGGCAAACAUGAGUUACGAAGCAACAUCCCCUGUCACCUGGCUGAUAUCUCUUGUGGAUUGCCCUGCGGUGCCGCCCUACCGUGCGGGAUGCACAAGUGUCAGAGACUCUGUCACAAAGGGGAAUGCCUUGCCAGUGAGGCCUGCAAGCAACCCUGUACCACCCCCAGAACCGACUGUGGCCACCCGUGUAUGGCACCCUGUCACACCAGCUCACCCUGCCCUGUGACUGCUUGUAAAGCCAAGGUAGAGCUGCAGUGUGAGUGUGGACGAAGAAAAGAGAUUGUGAUUUGCUCUGAAGCAUCUAGUACUUAUCAGAGAAUAGCUGCUAUUUCCAUGGCCUCUAAAAUAACUGACAUGCAGCUUGGAGACUCAGUGGAGAUCAGCAAGUUAAUUACCAAGAAAGAAAUCCACCAAGCCAGGCUGGAGUGUGACGAGGAAUGUUCAGCGCUGGAAAGGAGAAAACAAUUAGCAGAGGCAUUUCAUAUCAGUGAUGAUUCUGAUCCUUUCAAUGUACGUUCCUCAGGGUCAAAAUUCAGUGAUAGUUUGAAAGAAGAUGCCAGGAAGGACUUAAAGUUUGUUGGUGACGUUGAAAAGGAAAUGGAAGCCCUUGUGGAGUCCGUGAACAAGGUUAAAGCCAAAACAUCAACUGGACAUGUCUCUAAGGGAAAGAAUACUAAGAAGAGCCACUCCUUCCCUCCCAUGAACAGAGACCAUCGCCGGAUCAUCCACGACCUGGCCCAGGUGUACGGCUUGGACAGUGUGAGCUACGACAGUGAACCAAAGCGCAACGUCGUGGUAACUGCAGUCAGAGGGAAGUCCAUUUGCCCUCCUACCACGCUGACCAGUGUACUUGAAAGGGAAAUGCAGUCACGACCUCCACCGCCAAUUCCUCAUCACCGACAUCAGGCAGACAAGAAUCCUGGAAGUGGUAGUUUACAAAAAAUUACCAAGGAGCCAGUAAUUGACUACUUUGAUGUCCAAGACUAAAAAGCAUCAUGAUGCUUCCUGAUCUUAGUUAAAAGAAUUACUAGGUGUGGCGGAAACUCAUUUGCCAGCAGACAAAUCAUGCUCGUUCUAAACUGCCUGGUGGACUCACAGCCACAAAUCUUGUCUUGUACUGGAACAUCCAAAGCAUGAGUGUGUCAGAAAUUCCCGUCCUCUCUUCCAUCUAUAUAAAUGGUUUUCACACAGCCAGAUCUGUUGACUGGACAGUCACUAGUUCUUCACUUAUGGAUUUGCAGUUUCCUUACACCGUCAUCAUGUUUGCUUGGGAGUCUGGGGAAACAGUGGACAAACUGGAAUUUUAGCUUGAAAAUGGUUUUAUGUCACUUAGUCCCAAUUAUCCCUCUUCCUACUGAAAAUGCCUGCAAAAUCAGAUGUACCUCACCUCCUUUUUAAAAUUCUUUUCACCAGAGCACUGCUCAGCUCUGGCUUAUGGCAGUGCCAGGGACUUCCGAGCCUCAGGCAUGAAAGUCUGUUGCAUAAACUUCUGUGUUAUCUCUUAGACCCUUACCUCUCUUUUUUGCCCUCCUUUCUGCCCCCCCCCCACACUUCCUUAAUCCAAACUGAGCACAGUCUCCAGAAAGACUCAAAUGAAUUUCUCAAUCUGAAAAAAGUAAACAUUAAAUUGAUACACCAUAUCUGGUAUUACACGUAUUAUGUUAAAACUUAUCUAAGUAUCUUGCUAAAACAUUAGUACUAUCAGUUCUCGACCUAGGAGUAGGUAAGGUUGCUUUACAGAAUUCCAUGCCCAUUGACACCAGGGACCACCUCUCAUAUCACAUCUCUGAACCUGUCUGUCCACCAUCAUUUCAACUAUCCCCAGUGGUAGAAAGCAUAGAGCGAGCUCCUCCUGCCAGGCUGACACUUUGGCGUCUGUGUACUGACCAGUGCAGCCUAAACUCUUCUCAGGUUGAGAAAUGGACAGUCUGGGUCUUAGACCAGCAGCUCCCAGAAACAUUCUCCACUCUCAUUUAAGGCAAGUGUGUUGGCUGCUAGUUUGGCGCUUUUUAUAUCGAUACCCUUCUAAUUUGGAGACCACACUUCCAACAACUUCAUUCUGCUCUUGAGCAGGCAACAGAAGAUUUGAGGAAAUGAUGCCACGAAACCAAACACCUUGGGUUGGGUAGCUCCCUCCCAGGGUAGUGUGCAGCCUGGGCCUGAGCUGAGCCCACGCAGCAACGCCACAACACCAGGGGAAGUUCCUGUGCUGCGCAGUCUUUGUCUCUCCAACUCUCUGCCUGAGUGAAAAGCACCUUAUCUGGGAGCAGUGAGAUCACACAUGCCAAGACCUUGGCUCCACAAAAAAUAGAUAAUUUUUUAAAUUAAUUUUAGAAAUAACAAUCUUCACGGAAAAUAAAGGAUAUCCUGUGGUCUUGACCCAGACCAUCUGCCUUGAAUAGUAUCAGGAGAGUAAGACCACCUCUGAGCCCAUAUAGCAGAAUCAGUGGCCCGCAUCGGACAGGAAGUCCAGGAGCAAGUUCCAUCUUGCCGGCAAGAGAUUCAAGGGGCAUCUCAGCACCGCCAGGAGACAUCGUUUUCAGAUUCUAGCUUUGCCGUGUGGAAUGGAGAUGUCACCUUGCCAGGGUUGUUGUGAAGAAGAUAGGGAAGUAAGUUACGUGAAGGUGCCUGGUCUAACAUAGGUUCUCAAAGUUUAUAAACAUGAUACUGGAAGGCUGAGGAGAUAGUGUAGUGGUUAUGCAAACAAUUUUCAUGCCUGAGGAUCCAGGGUCCUGGGUUCAAUCCCAAGCACCACUAUAAGCCAGAGCUAAAAAACAGUGCUCUUGUCUCUUAGUUCACUGAAAUAAAAUAUUUUAAAAGUGA